AUGUCAAAUACGACAGAAUCAGUUGAUGAAAAACCUAGAAAUGACUUUAAAGCUAGUCAUGCGCCAGCAAUGAAAGUUGGUGGAAUGCGCGUUUCAGAUCCUCGUCGAACGUCUCACUGCGAUGAUAAGAAAACAGAAUCAUCAACUGAAGGUCAUAGUGAUGCACCCAACUCCACAGACAGCUCUAUUGCUGGAACUGCUGAAGAUGGAUAA